CUCCGCCGCAGCCGCUGGAGCCGCGCUCUCCUCCUCCUCCUCUUUUUCCUCCUUCCCACCCUUUCCGGCCCUGGUGGCGCGAGCAUGACCCGGGAGCAGCCCGGAGCCGCUGCGCGCCGCUAGCCCCUCGCCCGCGCGUCCAGUCCCCUGUCCGGCAGGAGUCCAUAGCACGAUGGGUGGCGCCGCCGCCGCCAGCACCACCGUCGCCGCCGCCGCCGCCGCCCCGGCGCCCAGCGCCCACCUGCGGCCCUGGACUCGGCGUCCGCCUCGGCCGCUGCCGCCGCCGCCGCCGCUGUUGCUACUGCUGCUGCUCUUCGUCUCAGCCCGCGGGAUCUCCAAGGCCCAGAGCUUCGAGUUUCCGGAGCUAUGCAGUUAUACAUGGGAAGCUGUUGAUGUUGAAAGACGUAUACUUUAUAAAAUAAACCUCUGUGGAAAUAUGACUAUUCCCAAAUGUGAGUCUAGUGCCAUCUGUGCAUAUGAUUUGAAGAAUUUAUCUUAUCAUUCAGUAGGAGACUUAUCUUUGAAAAAUGGAACCAAAUCCUUGAUGGAAUUCAGCACAGGGGAUCAGUGUUUGCAGCAAGACAGGAGGACAACAGUACAUAGUAGUAUUGCCUUCUUAUGUGGGAAAACACUGGGAACGCCUGAGUUUGUAACCUCAACAGAAUGUGUGCAUUACUUUGAAUGGAGGACCACGGUGGCCUGCAAGAAAGAAACAUUUAAAGCUAACAAAGAGGUGCCAUGCUAUGUGUUUGAUCAUGAGUUAAGAAAGCAUGAUUUGAACCCAUUGAUCAAUACUUCUGGUAGCUACUUGGUGGAUGACUCUGAUCGUGAUACUUCCUUGUUCAUCAACAUUUGUAGAGACAUAGGUGGCUCAAGUCAAGACACACACUUUUGUCCCCCUGGUAGUGCGGCAUGUCUGGUGAAGGGGAAUCAAGGUUACGAUGUUGGAAGGCCAAAAGAAGGACUAAAAUUAGUGGGCAAAGACAGGCUUGUCCUUAGUUAUGUGAAAGAAGGUGAAGAUCAGCCCACUUUCUGUAAUGGUCAUAUUCCAGCAGUGACUAUUACAUUUAUUUGUCCAUCGGAGAGAAGAGAAGGCACAGUUCCUAAACUUACUGCCAAAUCCAAUUGCCGAUAUGAAAUUGAAUGGGUCACAGAGUAUGCUUGCCACAGAGAUUAUUUAGAAAGUAAGAACUGUAUUUUGAAUAAUGAGCAACAUGAUAUCUCCAUUGACCUUAACCCUCUCUCCCAGAAAAAAGCUUAUGAAUCACCAUACUAUGCUACAGAUGGAAAAGAAUAUUUUUAUUAUAUGAACGUAUGUAGAGGGACUGAAGCCCAGGUUUGCAAAAGUAAGAGAGGAGCUGCUGUUUGCCAGGUGAAGAAGGAGGAUCCAGGACAAGUCAAAGUAGCAGGAAAAUACCAGAACCAGACCCUCCGAUACUCUGAUGGAGACCUUACCUUAAUCUAUCCUGGUGGAGAUGCAUGUGGAUCAGGCUUUCAGCGAAUGACAGUCAUCAACUUUGAAUGCAACAAAACAGCAGUUAAUGAUGGAAAAGGAACUCCUGUAUUUACGGGUGAGGUUGACUGCACCUACUUUUUCACAUGGGGUACAAAAUAUGCCUGUGUCAAAGAGAAAGAAGACCUUCUUUGUAGAGUCACCGAUGGGAACAAGCGAUAUGAUUUGUCCUCCUUGGUUCGUCACUCAGAAUUGGAGAAAAAUUGGGAAGCUGUGGACAGCAGCCACAUAGAAUUAGGAAAAAAGCACAUCUUCAUCAAUAUCUGUCACAAAGUACUUCAGGAAGGGAAGGCUAAAGGCUGUCCAGAAGAUGCAGCUAUAUGUUCUGUUGGUGAUCAAGGUUUUAAAAAUCUGGGCAAGUUUGUGUCUUCUCCAAUAAAGAAUAAGGACAAUAUUCAGCUUUCUUAUUCUGAAGGUGAUAACUGUGGCAAAAACAAGAAAAUCACAACUAUCAUAACACUUAUAUGCAAGCCAGGUGAUCUCGAAAGUGCUCCAGUUUUGAGAAACUCAGGGGAUAAUGGCUGUUUGUAUGAAUUUGAGUGGCAUACAGCUGCUGCCUGUGUUUUGUCUAAGACUGAAGGAGAUAAUUGCAGAGUUACUGAUUCACAAGCAGGAUUUUCUUUUGAUUUGUCACCUUUGACUAAGAAAAAUGGGGACUAUUCUGUUGGAACAGGCAAAUAUAACUUCUAUAUAAAUGUUUGUGGUGCUGUCUCUCAAGAUAUUUGUCUGCCAAACUCGGGAGCAUGCCAGGUGGAAAAAAGUCAAAGGAAAGCUUGGAAUCUGGGAAUAAAUAGUUCUGCCCUUUCCUAUUAUGAUGGGAUGAUUCAGUUGAGUUACAAAGGUGGUACACCAUACAAUGAUGAAAAACACACACCGCGAGCUACCCUUAUCACUUUCCUUUGUGAUAGAGAUGCUGGAAUAGGUGUCCCAGAGUACCAGGAAGAAGAUAAUUCCACCUAUAAUUUUAGGUGGUAUACUAGUUAUGCAUGUCCAGAGGAACCAUUGGAAUGUAUGGUGACAGAUCCCAGUACCCUGGAGCAGUAUGAUUUAUCCAGCUUAGCAAAGUCUGAAGAUAGUAGUGGCAGAAACUGGUAUGCAAUGGACAACUUUGGAGAACAUAGCACAUGGAAGAAAUACUAUAUAAAUAUUUGUCGACCUUUGAACCCAAUUCCAGGCUGUGAUCGAAAUGCUUCAGCUUGUCAGAUGAAAUAUGAAAAGGAUCAAGAUUCGUUUUCUGAAACAGUGGCAAUUAGCAAUUUAGGUGUUGCAAAAACAGGUCCUAUAAUUGAUGGCAAUGGCAGCCUCAUUUUAGAGUAUGUGAAUGGCUCUUCAUGUAUUAAUAGUGAAGGAAAGACCACUACUUAUUCCACAAGAAUCCAUCUUAUCUGUUCUAGAGGAAGUCUGAACACCCACCCAGUGUUUUCUAUUAUUCGAGAAUGCACUGCCACUUUCCUGUGGAAUACUGAAGCUGCCUGUCCAAUCAAAACAACUGAUGAAAAUCAGGCCUGCUCUAUAAGGGAUCCAAACAGUGGAUUUGUGUUUAAUUUUGACCCACUAGCUAAACCAAAUGGAUAUGUAGUCUCUGGUGUUGGAAAGACUUUUAUGUUUAAUAUCUGUGGAACACUGCCUGCCUGUGGGACUAUUGAAGGGAAGGAUGCUGCUGGAUGUGAAGGAGAGAUCAAAUCAGAAGACCUAAAUGAUCUGAAACCAGAAAGGCGAGUUGGAGCUAAGAAAAGCCUUCACUUAACCACAGAGGGUUUUAUAACACUUAUCUACAGAGGAGCCCUUUCACCAUCUACAGGGGCUUCAGAUGCUUUCAUCAUACGUUUUAUCUGCAAUGAUGAUAUCUACCGAGGAAAACCCAAAUUCAUACGUCAAGACAUUAAUUCUGAACUAGGGAUCUAUGAUACUUUCUUUGAGCUUGAAACAGCUUUAGCCUGUGUACCUUCUCCAGUAGAUUGCCAAGUUACUGACCUUGCUGGCAACGAAUAUGAUCUAAGUGGCCUGAGCAGAACGAGAGAACCUUGGAUUGCACUUGAUACUUCAACAGAAGGAAAAAAAAGAACUUUUUACUUAAAUGUUUGCAAUCCUCUACCUCAUAUUCCUGGAUGUUAUGGCAGCGCAUUGGGAUCUUGUGUAAAAUCUGGUGACACAGGCACAAACCUAGGUGUUGUACAGAUCAGUCCUCAAACUGCCGCUAAUGGAUCUCUGAGUAUUGUUUAUGUGAAUGGUGACAAAUGUGAAAAUCAACGUUUCUCCACACGUAUCAUCUUUGAAUGUGAUCAGGCACCUGGAUCUCCAGUGUUUCAGCAUAAGGAAGGUUGUGAAUAUGUAUUUGUUUGGAGAACCAUAGAAGCUUGUCCUAUUCGGAAAGCAGAAGGAGACAACUGUGAGGUGAAAGAUCCAAGGCACGGCCAUAUUUAUAACCUGAGGCCCCUGGCUGUAAAUGACACAAAAGUGACUGCUGGUGAAUACAACUAUUACUUCCGGGUCUGUGGGAGUCUGUCCUCCAACAUGUGCAAGCAUUUGGACAGCUCUAAAAAAGUAUCAUCAUGUCAGGAAAAGAAGGGGCUUUCGCCUUUCCAGAAAAUUGCAGGGUUACUUACCCAGAAGCUGACUUAUGAAAAUGGAUUAAUAAAGAUUAAUUACACUGGUGGGGAUACAUGUCAUAAAAUAUAUCAAAGAUCUACAACCAUAUUUUUUUACUGUGAUCGCGUCACCCAGAAGCCAGUGUUCUUGAAGGAAACAUUAGAUUGUUCUUACUUGUUUGAGUGGCGAACCCAAUAUGCUUGUCCACCUUUUGAGUCCAUUGAAUGUUCAUUCAGAGAUCAUGAAGGAAACUCCUUUGAUCUUUCAUCCCUAUCACGAUACAAUGACAACUGGGAAGCCAUUACAAGAACUGGUGCUACAGAGCGUUAUUUUAUCAACGUCUGCAAGUCUCUGGCCCCACAGCCUGGCAUUGGAUCGUGCCCUCCUGAUGCAGCUGUCUGCUUGGUGGAAAACUCUAAAUACACCACCCUGGGCAGGGUGAGUGAUGGUCCAAAGUGGAGCAGUGAAGGCACUUCCAUUCUGAAGUAUCUCAACGGAGACCUGUGUCCAGACAAGAUCCGUAGAAAGAUGACAACAAUCUUUUUGACAUGCAGUGUCAGUCAUGUAGAUUCUAAGCCCAUGUUCAUAAGUGCAGUAGAAGACUGUGAGUAUACUUUCUCAUGGCAGACUUCGGCGGCAUGUCCUUUAAAGAGCAAUACACAGGAGAACUGUCAAGUCACCAAUCCUGCUACAGGCCAUCUAUUUGAUCUGAACUCUUUAAAGAAUGAUUCUGGCUACUCAGUUCCUUAUAGUGAAAAGGGAUUAAUUUAUAUAGGCAUUUGUGGAGGAACUAAAAACUGCCCUUCUGGAGUUGGUGUUUGUUUUGGAUUGACCAAAAUUAAUGCUGGAAGUUGGAACAAAAGGCUUAUGUAUGUAGAUCAAGUCUUACAGCUGGUUUAUGACGAUGGAGCCCCUUGCCCUUCCAAGAAUGCCCUGAAGUAUAAGAGUGUAAUUAGCUUUGUGUGCACAUACAAUUCUGGGGCAACCAAUAAGCCUGUGUUUGUUUCCUUGGAUAAACAGACAUGUACCAUUUACUUUUCCUGGCACACCCCACUGGCUUGUGAGAAAGAGGAGCAGUGUUCAGUGAAAAAUGGAAGCUCUGUUAUUGACCUCAGCCCUUUGAUCCAUCGAACUGGUGGCUAUGAAGCUUAUAAUGAAAAUGAUCUAUCUGAUACAAAGCCAGAUUUCUAUAUUAACAUCUGUCAGGCUCUCAAUCCCAUUUAUGGAGUUUCUUGUCCAGCUGGAUCAGCAGUAUGUAAGAUUCCUGUUGAUGGCUCUCCUAUAGAUGUUGGCCGUGUCACUGGACCUCCACAAAUUAAUCAUGCUACUAAUGAAAUUUAUAUGACUUUUGAUAGUUCUACUCCAUGUCCUUCAGAUAGAAAUGCUAACUAUUCCUCAAUUAUUUUAUUUCAUUGUAAGAGGGGAAUAAGUAUGGGAUCACCAAAGAUGAUAAAAAGCAGUGGUUGUGAUAAUGUGUUUGAAUGGGAAACUCCAAUUGUGUGUCCAGAUGAUGUAAAAACUAUUGGCUGUUCAGUGACAGAUGAGCAGCUGUACUACAGCUUUAACUUGUCCAGUCUUUCUAAAAGACCAGUUAAGGUAACUUAUGGACCCCAUACUUACAAUGUGGGUGUGUGUGCUGCAGCAAAUAGUGAUCCUCAAGGGAGCUGUAAAGAUGGAGGAGUGUGCUUGCUCUCAGGUAGUAAGGCCUCUUCCUUUGGACGGCUAGCAUCGAUGAGUUUGGAUUAUAGACAUCAAGAUGAAACUGUCAUUUUAAAAUAUCUAAAUGGUGAUCAGUGUCCUCCAGAAACUGAACAAGGUGAUCCUUGCGUCUUUCCUUUCACAUAUAAUGGAAAGAGCUAUGAUGAGUGUAUUAGAGAAGAUAAACAAAAACCCUGGUGUGCUACAACAGAAAACUAUGCCAGAGAUCAGAAAUGGGGAUACUGCAGAUAUUCAAAUAGCUAUAGAUCAUCUACUAUUAUAUUCAGCUGUGAUGAAAAUAUUGAUAUCGGGUCACCAAAAGUCUUCACUGAGACCCGUGGAUGUGAGGUGACUUUUGAAUGGAAAACAAAAGUUGUCUGUCCCCCAAAGAAGAUGGAUUGUAAAUUCAUUCAGAAACACAAAACCUAUGAUCUGCGGCUGCUCUCUUCUCUUACUGGGUCCUGGUUGUUUGUCCAUGAUGGUACCUCAUACUAUAUUAACUUGUGUCAGAGCAUAUAUAAAGGACCCUCUGGCUGCCCUGAAAGAGCUAGCAUUUGCAAAAAGAGUAUAACUGGUACUGUCCAGGUUUUGGGACUUGUUCAUACACAGAAGCUAGAUGUGACAGGUGACAACAUCCUUGUAACUUAUUCAAAUGGUUAUGAGUGUAGUCGAAAUAAGACUGCAACCACAGUUAUAGAGCUGAAAUGUGCAAAGACGGUUGGCAAGCCUAUGCUUAAAAGGUUUGAUAUAGAGAGGUGUACAUAUUAUAUUAUGUGGGAAACUCGAGCAGCCUGUGCAGUGAAGCCACAGGAGGUGGAGAUGGUGAACGGGACCAUCAUCAAUCCUGUCAAUGACAAGCGUCUCAGCCUAGGAGAGAUUUAUUUUAAGUCAUUCAGUGCCUCUGGGGAUAUGAGACCUAAUGGGGAUGCUUAUAUGUAUGAAAUCCAGCUUUCUUCUAUCACAAAUUCAGCAAAUCCGUUGUGUUAUGGAGCUAGUAUAUGUCAGGUUAAAACAAACGAUCAACACUUCGGUAGGCAAGUUGGAUCUUUGGAUAAAACUAGAUAUUAUAUUCAAGAUGAUGAUCUGGAUGUCGUGUUUUCCUCUUCCUCAAAGUGUGGGAAAGAUAACACGAAAUAUGUCUCUUCUACCAUCUUUUUCCAUUGCGAUCCCUCGGCGAAGGAGGGUAUCCCCGAAUUCAGUCAUGAAACAGCAGACUGUCAAUACCUCUUUUCAUGGUAUACCUCUGCUGUGUGCCCUCUGGGGAUGGAAAUUAUUAAUGAUAGAGAUGAAAAUGCACCAAAUCACAAGGGUCUCUCUGGAAGAAGCCAGGCUGUUGGGGCAAUUCUCAGCUUGCUUCUGGUGGUCCUUACUGCUUGUCUCUUGAUUAUGUUACUCUAUAAAAAAGAAAGAAGGGAAACCGUCAUGCAUAGAAUAAGCAACUGCUGUAAGAGAAGUUCCAACGUGUCUUACAAAUAUACUAAGGUAAACACAGAAGAAGAGGCAGAUGAAAAUGAAACAGAGUGGCUUAUGGAAGAGAUUCAGCUGUCAGCUUCAAGACCUGGGAAGGAAGGGCAAGAAAAUGGCCACAUUACCACCAAGUCUGUGAAAUCAGAUGCCCUAACUUCCCUGCAUGCAGAUGACCAGGACAGUGAAGAUGAGGUUCUGACCAUUCCUGAUGUGAAAAUCCACCUGGCCAGAGGCACGCGGCCAGGAGGACCAGACAAGGUGAGAAAUCUACAAAGGAAGACAUUCAAGCAUGGCAAUGAUGACACAGUUGGUUUGCUUAAAGGAGAGAAGGAAAGAAAAGGAAAACCUCAGUCAGGACAGCAGAAAGCAAUGGAUUCUGCAUACCCCAUGUCAUUUCAUGAUGACAGCGAUGAAGAUCUGCUCCAUGUCUAAAACUCCCUCUCGUGCCUACAAGAGAAAAUUUAUUAGUGGGACAGCAAAGCAUCUCCAACCAAAUAUGAAGACUUCAACUUGAUGCUUCUAUUAUUUUUGCCUUUAACAAGAACUCAUUCAAAAGGGAAGAAGUUUUUGUGCUGGUGACGGGGAGAAGGGGAAUGAUGGCUCAGCUUAUUCAUGUUUGUUUACAGGUGAUGGAAAAGUCAUUGCCUAAGUUAGCCAGCUCACAUCGGUACUCUGACUCCAGGGUUCUGUUCAUGUCUGCAUUUAUAAGCAUAGCCAUUAGAAGCUUAUUAGCUAUUAUUUAGUACAAAUAUACUCCCAGAAGGCAGGGUUUGAUUUAAAUGAAGGGGAAAAAAAGCCCUGACACUUUAGACCAUUUAAGAUACUUGAUUAUUAGCAUUUUAAUUCUCUCUCCACCCCCUAUUUAUUGACUGACUACUCAGGUUUGCUAAAAUAACAGUAACAGUUUCUUCCUGCCGGCAGGGGGUAUUCUAUUGAUUCACCCAUUGUAGGAGAAAGAAAAGGUGUUAAUCCAUAUGCUGGGAUGGUCUGAGGUAAAAUUUUUGGACCUGGUGUAUCAUUUAUCCUUUAUGUUGAAGUUUUUCAUUUCUGGACUUCGGAUUUUUUUUUUUUAAGAAACAAAAUGCUCUUUAGUUUCUUGGGUGCUUCAAAAGGUUCACAUUUUGUAUAUGGCUUUAGCCAAAAACAGCUGCUGCUCUUUGCAUGUUAUUCUUGGUCCUGGUCAUAUGAAGCAAAUCUAUCAGUAUUUUGCUAGACUUCUGGUGAACCCAAACAACUGACCCAAAGAUUGAUUUCCAAUGGAGUUGAGACUUGGUGCCAUACCACAGAAAAUAACCAGGUUUCUCAGGAUUGUGGGUAUAGGUCAUCUCAGUAUCAUCUUCACUGUCUGUCUAAUUCUAUAUUUUUAAAGAAAAAAAAAAGAACUUUGUAAACCAUUGGACCUACAGAAGCCUUAAUUUGCACAAUGUGUAUCUUUAUGGAACUAAUUGCAUGAAAAAUGUUUGGCCAAAAUCUUAUCAGUAGUAUCAUACUUCAAUUCAUCCUCUAUUUGGAGGUCAUAAUUAUUACUUAUAGUGUUGCCUCUAUAGAAUGGAAAUAAUGGCAUUCUUCCUCUAGCUCUUAACUCCUUUCUGGAAGUGUUCAUUGAAUUAUCUUCAGGGGGAUUAACCUGAUGUUGUAGAAUUGUAUAUAGAUAUGUGGUAUUCAAAUUCUUAAAAACAAAUAGAAAAAGCCAAGUCCCCUGGUUUGUACCUGCUUUGGCUGGCUUACUUGGUUUCAACAUGAGUGUAUUUUUAAAGGUUGAUUUCUCUCCCCAUUUUCCAAUAAAAUUAACUGUAAUAUAAAGUAUUCUGCAAUUUCAAUAAAAGAUAAAUUAUUAAUUUGGUACUCCAGUUUAUUCCCCUCAGUGGAGAGAGAACUCCUAAAACUGUUUUCUUAACAGGAAAAUGGUUUUAAGAUUGUGUUUUAAAUGUAAAGUGUUGGUUCCAACUCAUUAGUCUUGUUUUUCUUGAAGCUAUUUUUUCUGGAGAAGGGUACCAAAUCCUAACAAACCUGGUCUGUUCUGUUCCAUUCUUUCAUUUCGAUCUGAUUUUUCUCAUAGUUCCAAGAUAACAGAUCUCUAGUAUGUGUUUCUAAUUUCCCUGGAGUCCUAGAGAAAUAAUAGUACAAUGGAACUAUAUGGAAUUUAAUAGAAGCAAUCAUUAAAAAUUAGUAACAGUGAUUUGAAGGAAAAGUUUCAAAUGUAGGAUUUGGGUUUUGUUUUUUCUUUUUGUCUAAGGAGGAGAGUGGUUUUAGAUCAAGAGUGAGUAUAUUAACAUUAAUACAAAAUGAAUACAUAGUCUGUACUUUAAAGUCGACUCCCCUAAGUAAAGUUUAUUUUGAGAAUAUGCUAUUUUUGAUUUUAUAAAUCCUUAAAGGGUCUGUCAUUUUAACAAGUAACUUUGAUUAUUACUAAGAUUAGCUUGGAAUAGUGUUACAUAUUCAAGAUAUAUGAAGAACUAGCAACUGGAAAAUGAUAGAGAAAGUUGGGCAAAAAUGUUAUAUUUUUCUCUUUUUCUCUAUAGCCAACAUUGAGGUAAAUGCUUGAAUUAUAUUUAUGUUUGCAGAAUUACUUGAAUUUUUUCCCCCUUUAUGUUUCAGGUUGAGGGAAGAAUCUAUAUUUUAUAAUAAAUAUUAGAUGUUUUUAAUUUUAUUUUUUAUAGAUGCCUUCUGUUUUUAUAUCACAUUUAUUUCUAAAUAUGUCCCUGCCCCUUCCUGCUCCCACUCAUUAAGCCAUCUUUUUCAAAAGGUUAAAAAAGAAGGAAAGACAAGUUUAGCCAAACAAAUGAAUACCAGGCCAGAUCUUUUCAAAUAUUGACUUCUCUAAGCUCAUCUACUCUCUUUCCUGGGUUCCUAUGAUGGAUUGUGAAUCAGAGAUCAUUUACCCUUUGGCAAAAAGAUUGGAAUGCAUUUUCUGCACAUUUCCACUCUGCUGAUUGACAUGGUUUCAGAUUUACCCAGUGGACUUCUUUACUUUGCUUAGAUCAAAGAAAUCGACACUACUAGGAUGUAGUUUCUGGGUUGACUUUUCAGUAUUUUGUUCAAGGACUUAAUGGAAUAAUUUUGCUUUAUUAAGAAAUUUUCUUUAAAAAAUUUUUCCCCUUUGUGAUUUGUAAGAGGUCUGUUGUAUCCUUAAUUACAAUUUUUACUGUCUUAUCAUGGGCUCCCCUUCCCCUGAAAAGAAAGUAUAGUGAAAAUUAUGGUUCACCAAAAUUCAGCUUUUGAGAUAGUUUUCUGUGUUGUAAAAUUAGGCUAUUCCUAUAGAUUCAUUUGUUAUUCCAAUAGGACUUGCUGCUGCAGAGGAUACCUUGGGAUAUUAAAGCAACAGCCUUGAUUAUGUGAGUCACCCGGAGAACUGGUAUUCUCUAUCUCAUAGACAGACGUCUUAUAAGUAUUUUAAAGCGACUGAAGUUUCAGUUGAAUUUUCAGAUGCUUAGAGAAAUAAAAGUUUGGCCCCUUUCCAGAAACAAACUGGUUUAAGCAGGUUAGGGAAUUAUUGAGUUUGAUUUGUAAAGAUUUUAAGGAAAAGCUGGCUUGAAACUUCCCCGGGGACAAGAUACAUAGCUCUUUCUGGAGCUGUACUAGAGAAAGUUAAGCCUUGGAGAGCUUUUAAUGUCUAGUAGACAAAUGGCUUUCUGGGAAGGUAGGAAAGGCCAAGGGUCCCAGGCCUUUUCAGUAUCUGUGAGCCUCUCACAGGUCAGAGGAAAGGGUACUUAGAAAAGCCAAAGUUAGCCAUAGGGGAGAGGCUGUUUAUAUCACUUCAAAUUUUGUUCUAUGUUCUUUCAGUAUAACUUUGUAAAGCAUAGUAAUUAGAAAUGAAUUAUACAGCUAUUUUAGUUUAUUUCUUUAGAAAAAGCAAUUAACUACGUUUUUAAGCAAACACUCUGAUCCGUAAAGAAGCAUUCAUGAAGCACUUAUCAUUUGCCAGGUACUGUGUUAGGUCCAGAGAAUAUAAACACAACAAUGGCAGCCCCUGCUCUCAAAGACUUGACAUUUUAUCAGGAGAGGUAUCAUUAAUAUGUAAGUACAGACUAGAUAUGUAUGAAAUAAAUGCAAAAGAGUUUGGAGGAAAAGGCUGAGGGUUCAGGAAAGACCUCAUGAAAAAGGAGUUGAGCCUUGAAGGAAGUGAGGGAUUUUUAAGAGACAGAGGUGAGGAGGGAGUACACUCAGGGUAUGCAUGCAAAGGCAUGGAGUCGGAAGAUGGAGCGUUGUAUGUGAGGUCAACAAAGAAGUCCAGUUUGGUUGGACCAAAGAGUACACAAUAGGGAUUAUAAUGUGUGAUAAGGCUGAAGAGGUAGGUUUAAAAAAAAAGAAUAUUUAGGGCAGCUAGGUAGAGCAAUGGAUAAAGCACCGACCCUGGAUUCAAGAGGACCUGAGUUCAAAGUCGACCUCAGACACUUGACACUUAUUAGCUGUGUGACCCUGGGCAAAUCACUUAACCAUCAUUGCCCACCCCCCCCAAAAAAAGAGAGAAUAUUUAUUAAGAGGAGCGCAGCAUAUAAUAUAGGGCAGAGAGUAUUACACUGGGAGUCCUGGUCUCAGUUCUGUCAUUAACCUGAUGGAUGACGUUGUUGGAUAAGGCAAACUUCAUAAGCCUAAAUUUUCCUUAAUGAUAGAAUUAAGUACACAAUCUGUAACAUAUCUUCCACCUCUAAAUGUUUUUUUAUUGUAUAACUGACACUUGUCCUAAUUCAAUGUCUUAGAAAAAAACCAAACACCAACAAACCAACUAUUUUACCAUUUGACUGUGAUCUUGGACAAGGUACUUUUGACCUUCUUAAAUCUGAAUAAUUCUUGUACCCCCUACUACCUGGGGCUAGGUGGCACAAUGGAUUGCGUAUUGGGCCUAGAGUUAGAAAGACCUUAGUUCAGAUUCAGCUUCAGCAAUUUGCUGCAUGUGGAGGAAAUAAAAAGUAAAAAGACUGGAAAGAUAGAGCCCAGUUUGUGAAGGAUUUGUGAGAGCGUGAAAGCCUUUUGUUCUUGAUCUUGGUGGUAACAGGGAUUCAUCGGCGUUUAUUUGGUAGGGGGCUAACAUCUACACUAUAGGAAAGAUCCCUUUGAUAGCUGAGUGGAGAGUGGAUGAGAGUGGGGAGACCCACCAGAAGGCUGUCAUAGUAAAGCUAUGAGCUGAUAAGGACUUAGACCAGGAUGAUGGUCGUGUGAAUGGAGAGAAGGAAAUGUACUCGGGAGAUGCGAAGGCAGAAAAAACCAGACUUGGCCACAGAUUUGUGAGUCUAAGAGAAGAGUCGAGAAUGACACCAGGGUUGUGAUUGUGGAUGACCAGAAGGGUAGUGGUGCCCUUCGUAGUACUAGCAAAGUUGAGGAGAGGGCCUUGGCAAGGAAAGCUAGUGUUCUGAACAUGUUGAGUUUGAAAUGCAUAUGAGACAUCCGGGCUGAGGCGUCCAAAAAAAGAGAAAAGAUAGGACUAGAUGUAUAGAUCUAAGGACCAUUUGCAUAAAUAUGAUCAUUGAACUCAUGGCAAGAGAAGAGAGCCAAGGACAGGGCCUCUGGAGACAUCUAUGGUUAGUGGGUGUAACCUGAAUGAAGAUCCAGUGAAGGAGAUUGAGGAGUCAUCAAACAGGUAGAAGCACUUGGGGAAUAGAUUGAAUGCCUUCUCUAUUUUCAGCACUGUUUUAGUCAACAUAAGCAGAUACAAAAGGAAAAAGACUUGAUCUUUGUUUUGUAUAAGCCUAAACAAAAUGGUUUUUCCCCUUCCUGGACCACCGAGGGUCAUAGUUACACCAAAUUCAUCCCACAAACAUUGUGAGUGCCUGUUGAAUACAGAGCACCGUAUAAGAUAAUAUUAGUAACUAAUAGGAAAUAGUUUUUUUCUUUGAAGCAUAAUUCAUAUUUCUAUAACACUGUAAAGUUUACAAAGAGCAGCUCCUACAGGAGAGGAUCCCUGUUCCAAACUGUCCUACGAUUGGCUGACAAGGUCUUUGUCCCAAAGUGUCUGUCAUUUCCUUGCUCAGUAAUCCAGAGGCUGUCUAUUAUCUCCACAAUCAAAUAUCAAAUGCUCUUUGGCAUUUAUAGCCCUUCAGUCUGCAAUCUAUCUACCGCUCCUGUCGUCUUAAGCUUCCCUCCAUAGACUUCGAUUCAGCUGUGCCGCCCUACUUGCGAUUCUUCUUAGGAGGUAUUCCAUCUCUCAUCUCCACGCCUCUGUACUGAAUGUUCUAUGCCUGGAAUGUGCUUCAUCUCUACCUUUUCGAAUCCCAAACUUCCUUAAAGACACCUCAGCCUGCCACCUAAUGCAGGAGGCCUUUGCCUUCUUAGGCUACCUUGUAAAGACUUUGUAUAUGUAUGUUGUAUGCAGCUAUUUAUCCCCAUGUUGUAUCGCCAAUCAGAAUGUAAGCUCCUGCUUGAAUGGUACUAUUUUUGACUUUCUUUGUAUCUCUAGCACUUAGAAGAGUACCUGGCACAUAAUGAGCCCUUAAUAAAUGCUUGUUACAUGUU